UUUGCACUCCAAACCUCUUCAACUCUUAUGAAAUAAGAAAUAAUAAUAAUAAAAAAGUAUGUUUUUAGGCAUCCAAAUUAAUAUCAGAGCUUUAAAUCACAUACAUUAGCACCAAUUAGUCGAGCACAAACACGUUAGCUAAUUAAAUGACUCACAUGUCCGGUUUCUGUCAAGAUAAAAACAAGCUCAGGUUGAAAACCUUUGAAAUCAUUGAUGUUGACUAAUUGGAGAGAAAGGAAUGGACAGAAUAACUGAAAAGACUAACACUGGCUUCCUGUCCCCUGGCCUGUGAAACUUUCCUUUUGCAGAGGAGGGAUUCACUCAUUCAUGGAAGGAUAAUUGAAGCUAAUCUUCCUGCUUGUAAUAUCUGUGACCUGUUGCUUGAGUGACACUGACAUUGAGAUGUUCCACAAGAGACUUGCAAUUUGAGGAACAAGGAACUGGUGAAAAAUAUCGCUUUAAUUUUUUUUUUUUUUGUGCGCUUUGGACACUGAGAAAGCUGUGGGAAGGACAACUUGAAUUUUUUUUGCAGGCCCAUUAAGAUAAAGUAUUAUCUCCACUGUUGUUUGUCACUCACUGUUUGGAAGAGAGAAUAUUUAAGUCAUGAGUACAGCCAGAAUGGAGAAUCCAGUGAUUCUGGGACUGUCGACUCAAAAUGGCCAAAUGCGAGGCUCUGUGAAGCCAGCAGGUGGUCCUGGAGGAGGUGGAGGGGGACCCCAAACAACGCAGCCAGCCCCGGUCAAACCCUCCAGCACAGUCAACAACGGCAACUCCCAGCCUGCACCUACAGCCAACACUAUCAUCAAGCCUGGGGAUGACUGGAAGAAGAAUCUAAAGCUUCCUCCAAAGGAUUUGCGCAUGAGAACUUCAGAUGUGACGGCGACCAAGGGAAACGAGUUUGAGGAUUACUGCCUGAAACGGGAACUGCUUAUGGGCAUCUUUGAAAUGGGCUGGGAGAAACCGUCACCUAUUCAGGAGGAGAGCAUUCCCAUUGCGUUGUCUGGGAGGGACAUUCUGGCCAGAGCCAAGAAUGGCACAGGAAAAAGUGGCGCCUACCUCAUUCCCUUACUUGAACGGAUUGACCUGAAGAAAGACAGCAUACAAGCGUUGGUUAUUGUGCCCACUAGAGAACUGGCUCUACAAGUGAGCCAGAUAUGCAUUCAGGUCAGCAAACACAUGGGCGGGGUCAAGGUCAUGGCAACUACUGGUGGAACCAACCUCCGUGAUGACAUCUUGAGACUUGACGAAACAGUGCAUGUUGUAAUUGCCACUCCAGGAAGAAUUUUAGACCUCAUCAAAAAGGGAGUGGCCAAAGUCAAUCAAGUACAGAUGAUCGUGUUGGAUGAGGCAGAUAAGCUCCUGUCACAGGACUUUGUACAGAUGAUGGAGGAGCUAUUGAGCUAUUUGGCCAAACAAAGGCAAAUUUUGCUGUACUCUGCCACCUUCCCACUGAGUGUGCAGAAGUUCAUGAACUCCCAUCUGCAGAAGCCCUAUGAGAUAAACCUGAUGGAGGAGCUGACCCUGAAGGGGGUUACCCAGUAUUACGCCUAUGUAACUGAAAGGCAGAAAGUCCAUUGCCUUAAUACUCUGUUCUCCAGGCUCCAGAUCAAUCAGUCUAUAAUCUUCUGCAAUUCAUCACAGCGAGUGGAGCUCCUGGCAAAGAAGAUCUCUCAGCUUGGAUACUCCUGUUUCUACAUUCACGCCAAGAUGAGACAGGAACACCGGAACCGUGUGUUCCAUGAUUUCAGAAAUGGCUUAUGUCGAAAUCUCGUCUGCACUGAUCUCUUCACAAGAGGAAUUGAUAUACAAGCUGUGAAUGUGGUGAUCAACUUUGAUUUCCCCAAACUUGGGGAGACGUACCUCCAUCGCAUUGGCAGAUCUGGUGAGUAGGGUUUCGUUCGGUUUCUGCUCAGAGAUCCAGUAAUGUAUUCAUUAUGCC